UAGAAGUGCGGGCUUGUGUGGCUGCAGUCUUGAAUAUGGCAUUGAAACAAAUUUCCAGCAACAAAUGCUUUGAUGGAUUCCAGAAAGUCUUUGAACAUGACAGUACUGAACUGAAAUGUAAAAUGAAAUUUGGGAUAUAUUUACCUCCGAAAGCUGAAAGUGCAAAAUGUCCAGUUGUAUACUGGCUUUCAGGAUUAACUUGCACCGAGCAAAAUUUUACCAGAAAAUCUGCAUAUCAUCAACCUGCAUCAGAACAUGGACUCAUAAUAGUGGCACCAGACACCAGCCCCCGUGGUUGCAAUAUUGAUGGAGAAGAAGAGAGCUGGGAUUUUGGCACAGGGGCUGGCUUUUAUGUUAAUGCCACGGAAGAUCCUUGGAAAGCCAAUUACAGAAUGUAUUCCUACAUUGUAGAAGAGCUGCCACAUCUCAUAAAUAACAAUUUCCCAGUGGAUGGAGACAGGAUUUCUAUUCUUGGCCACUCUAUGGGAGGGCAUGGUGCUUUAAUCUGUGUACUGAAGAACCCUGGGAAAUAUAAGACUGUUUCUGCUUUUUCUCCCAUUUGUAAUCCAAUACAAUGAUUUACUGGAUACUUGGGAUCAGACACCAGUAAAUGGGAGGCUUAUGAUGCAACUCAACUGGCGAAGAAUUACUCUGGUCCCCAGCUUGAUAUAUUGAUUGAUCAGGGGAAAGAUGACCAGUUUCUUGCUGCUGGUCAAUUACUGCCUGACAACUUUAUUGCUGCAUGCACAGAGAAGAAAAUCCCAGUGGUUAUAAGGCUACAAGAGGGAUAUGACCACAGUUAUUUCUUCAUUACAACCUUUAUAAAUGAUCACAUCAAGCACCAUGCAAAACACCUAAACAUGUGAAAUUACCAGUGGAUAAAAACUUAACUGGCCGAAAUCAAGAAUUGCAACUAAAUUUUAACCUGGAUGAUUACCUAAAUUUCUGUUAGCCAAGUUAAGAUCAUAAGAAUUCUUAAUCUGAAAUAAAUUCAGUCUAUCAUAUCUCUGUUGCAUUAAAGAUACUGAUUACAUAA